UUCCUAAGCCGCAUACAGCUGCGAUUAUUUGAACUAGAAAUAGAGUCGCUAAUUCGGCUUUCCUUGACGGCGAAAGACGCGAUCUUGCUUCUUUCCUUCUCUUUCUCCGGCGAACCAAAUCGCCGUCCGUUCCUUUCUCCGGCAAAAUCCAGUUGGAUCAGGCUGAUGCCUAGAACCUUGCAAUAUCUGAAGGGGUUAAUCAUCUAAUGCUUUCGACAUCAAGCACUUGCAAUUGUAUAAUAGGUUUUCCUAAAAUGACAUCUGACUACAAAGGAAAAGCUAUUGUGCUUAUGGGUGUUAGCGGAGCUGGAAAAUCGACAAUUGGUCAGAUGCUUGGAAGAGCUGUUAAUGGCCGCUUUCUUGAUGCCGAUGAUUAUCACUCUGAGUCUAACAAAGAGAAGAUGCGGAAUGGGAUCCCUCUUGCCGAUGAAGAUCGCGUUCCAUGGCUUGAAACACUACGAGAUGUGCUGAGAAGAGGCUUAGCUGACAACGAAGUGCCGAUUCUGGCUUGCUCAGCUCUGCAAAAGCGGUACAGGGAAAUCCUUAGAUCUGCGGACCCAAAUUAUGAACCAGGUUCUUAUGCAAGUGUUGUUAAAUUCGUGUUGCUGGAUGUUGGGGCUGAAGUGCUUGCCGCUCGGCUGGAAAAGAGAGCAGCUGAGGGUAAGCAUUUCAUGCCUGCAAAGCUCUUGCAGACCCAACUGGAUUUGCUUCAGAUUGAUGAAGCAGAAGGGGUAUUUAAGAUUGAUGCUACAUUGGAUCCUGACAACAUAGUGAAAAUUGUACAAACAUUUGUCAUCUGAUAGACCCAAUUAAAUAUGAAUUAUUUUUUUAAAAAAAAUUGUGGUAAACAGAAUCCUUAUAGCAGUAAUACGUAUUUUGUUUAUGCAUUUGUGAUAGCCACCAAGUCAUACUUCUGAACGAAGAUAAGCAAAUUAGAUGAAAUGAAGUAACGAUCUUCCCCUUCUAAUAGAGUUGUGACUAUAGCAAAAGCAAAGAGAUGACGACACUUGAGUUCUGUUAUUAUUUAUUCCAUGGAUAAGGAAAAAGCUAAGAAAGGCUUUACGACUUGUCUCUUUUGCUUGAUUUCUUUUUUUUCUUUUUUUCUUUUUUAAUUUAUCGUCCUACAGUUGAAGAGCUUAUGAAUCUCUAGUUUUGCUAAAGCCGAUUAAGUGAAGUGUAUUUUUGUUUUCAGCUUGCCAUAUGAAAGGUCUUAAUAGAGUGUCCAUGAAUAUAAAUUCAUAGUACAUUUACUAGUUUAUUUCCCAUUUGUACUCAUUUGAAAUAAUUUUUGCUAAUGGAGUAAAUUCUUUUCAGUUGGUCAA